UCCUAUCGGCAUAACAGAAACAGAGGCUUCGCAGAAUAUAACCGCGAAUACAACGAACCUGAUCAACAUUAACAUCAACAAUGGCGGAAACAUGACUGCAAUCGCCACUGGUGAAAAUCAUGUAGUAGGUAGCGAGCCAACCUCUGAUAUACAAACUGAACAAAUUGAUACAUCAUUAAACUCAAAUAUUACCAAUACUAACGCUAAUAUGGAAAACAAUGAGUCAUGUGCGACAUUUACAUCUAAUUACUACACCAUUCCCUUAAUUGCAUCCGAAGUAUGCACAAAUCAAAAUUGUGAUUUAAAUGUUGGGAGCACCUGUAACUACUUAAUGUCUCAUGUCCCGAAUGUUCAAACAUAUACUAGUCACAAUCCAGCAAUAAUAACCAGCUCAACGGUACAAAAAAAAAGAACUUCAGAAAGUAUUAUGGAAAAAAGCGAAAACAUUAACAAUCGUACGGUUCUGCCACCACCAGUAUUUGACAGUAUUACAAAUGAAUUAAGCACUGCCAGCGAUAAAACAGCUUCUGCUACCAAGUACCGUACUAUCGGGAAGCGUUACCACAGAACUAUUCCUAGGCAGUUUGCGGCUGUGGAUCCGAUCAUUAAUCCACUGAAAAGUAGUCGUAAUAAUAUAAUGUCAUCUGCCCCAAGUAAUAUUACAUUCAACAGCGAAACUAACAGCAAACCUGAACGUUUAGAUGCAGCAUAUAACGGAAAUAAGCGAUUAUCUUGCCAAUGUCCAGUGCAGCAUACACCUAUGACAUACUUAUCUUCUCAUUCUCUAGGCGUAGGGCAAAACGAGGUUACGUCGACAGUACUAAGUGGUACUCAAAUAGGUCAGAUGCCUACGAUGAAAAAGCGUAUUUCUAUCGAUGCUGUAAGACAUGUUAACAUACCGCAUCAUGCUGCGUCAGUUCAAACUAAACCCGUUCAAGCAUCUUCUGCUCACUGUAAAGGAGGGACUCUGAGGAAAAAUUAUGAUAAUGGUCAAAUUGGUGACAAAAAUGUUUAUUCGAAUAGCAACUUUAGUAAAAUGCAACUUUUUCUGGCAAACGACAAAGCUAUAGUUGAUGAUCAACCACGCGUAGAGAGUCAGCCAAAUCUAAAAAAGCAAAAUUCGCUUCCUAGGAGUGCAACUCUACAUGAUACAAACAUUAGUUUGGAAUCGAUACAUAGAAAUGAAACAGAACAAUGUGAACACAAUCAAAAUGCUGUCAUGAUGGACACAAGCAUGCACAUUUCAACAAUUAUGCAACAAUCGAGCUCUUCUAACGAUCGUGAAGUGCAUAGAAAAUCUUAUAAUUCAACAAAGUCUGAAAUGUGUAUUGAACCGAACCCCGAGCUUCCACCGAAAAUGUACAAGCAUAAUACCAGUCGUUUAUCUGGAGCACAUCAGAAAUCAUAUUACAGUAAUUCCAAAACGCAUGCCAUUUCUAAGCCUUCGAGCGACAGUUCUAAGUUUUCGAUUCCCAAUUCGAAUGCUAUAAAUAAUUACAAAAACGCGAAUAAACUGCGGAAAAAUAACUAUUCCAAGUCAUUGCCAAGACAUGUUAUUUCAGCCAGUCACGAUUAUGCACAAGCCUCUAGGAGCACAACACAGUUUAAUAAUAGUUUACAGAAUAGCAACUCUUGCUUCAAUACUUUGCCAAAGAAAACAAACAAAAUAAGUACUCGUAGUUCGAAUUUACUAACAGAAGUAGUGAAUAAAGUUCCAUCAGUAAUUAAUAUACCAUCACAAUUACAACCACACCAGCGAUCACUUGUUGGUCACUACGUUCCUGUAUCUGCAGAUAGCAUGCCGACGCAGCUUACAUCUAUAAUUUCUAAUAAUAGAAGAUCACAAGAGACAGCCACAAGAAGAUCAUCAAACCAAAAUCAGUCGCGUAAAUUGCUCGAUCAAAUGAACAUAAAUGAACAUUCAAUGAAGAGCGAAAAGCCUUUGCCCGUUUUGUCUACCUAUACAAAUUGUGCUAACCCAAAAGAACAUUUUCUCCCAAACGAUAACAGUUUGGACGAUGACUAUUUGAGCGAGUGUGAAAAUUGUAAAUCUGCACAUGGUUCACGUUACUAUCUGGAGGAAGAAGAAGACGAUGUUCCACAGGAAACCAUGACACUACAACGGAAAAUGCCAGAAAACGAAGACCCAGAUCAACAAAAUUACUAUCGUGUUUCUUCUACGCUUCCAACGAAUACAAGUAGAAAAGCACCGAACACCAAAAACCGAGAAACAUGGUUUACCACAAUACCGGCUAGCUCAUCGUCCGACGAAGAGGACAUGGUAGAAUAAGGCCUACCAAAGAUGAUCAACAAAAACCGGUUUUCUGUAAGUGUUCAUCUGAUACAUGGAUUUUUUCAGUACUCACAUUUUUGUGCUGGUCACGUAUGUUAUAUUUUGUGUUUAUUAGCUUACUUUAUUAUUACCUUGUAAAUCAAAAAAUUGAAUUUAACUUUAACUGAUAAUAUAUGUGACAAUUCGAC